ACACCUUGACAGAUGUUGAAAACAACACGUGUGAGCAAGAUUACUUUCGUGUGUGCUUUGGGAAGUAAAAAUAGACAAAAUGCCUCCAGCAAGGAAGAAGAGGAAGGUGACGAAGAAGCAGGCGAGGGUGAACGGCCUGCAGAACGGCGACCACACAAACGGCGCUGACCGCUCGCCGGAGGACUCCGGUGCUGAUGAUGACGGAGCGGACGCCGGAGAGGCGGAGGACAUCCUGCAGCUGCCCGUCGGAGACGAUCCCGACUCAGACGGUGGGUCGGACGAUGGCAGCGGCGCCGAGGAGACCCAGUUCCCCGCCGAGAAGCUGCAGAAGAUGUUUACCUUCAUGCUGUCCUCGACCGAGGACCGGCGCGACUUCAUCGGCCAGUUCUCCCAGCAUAUCGAUCACGAGGACGUGCGGCGGGCGGGCCUGGAGAAUCUAUCCACCGCGCUCACCGCCGCCGCUCCAGAGCCGUCAGAAACGCUGGCCAUGAACCUGUUCUCCGUCCUUAAACUUUUCCGGAUAAAGAAGAAAAAGAAGCGGAAGGCCGGCGAUGACGCUGGCGCCGGUGUGGCCGUGGAGGCCGGCGAGCACUUUGACUCGCUGUGGCUGCGGCUGCUGUCGCUGCCGCUGACGCCGGCGCUGUACCGCCGCGUGCUGAUCCUGCUGCCGGAGAGGGUGCUGCCCCACCUGCAGAACCCACUGCGGCUCACCGACUUCCUGCUCAGCUCCUACCAGAUCGGCGGCGUGGUCAGCGUCCUCUCGCUGCAGGGCGUCUUCUACCUGAUGCAGCACCACAACCUAGAGUACCCAGACUUCUACAGCAAGCUGUACUCGCUGCUGGAGCCGAACGCUCUGCGCUCGCCGCAGCGGGCGCGCUUCUUCCACCUGGUGGACGUGUUCCUCAGCUCUGGCUACCUCCCAGAGUACCUGGUGGCGGCGUUUGUGAAGCGCCUCUCGCGGCUGGCGCUGACGGCGCCGGCGCCCGCGCAGACGAUGCUGAUCCGUCUGGUGUGCAGUCUGAUGGUGCGGCACCGCGGCCUGCAGCGGAUGACUGAUGACCCGCGCGGCGCCACCACUCUCCCCGCCGACCCGUUCCGCGCGGAGGAGGCCGACCCGGCGCGCUGCGGCGCCGCCGACUCCUCCCUCUGGGAGAUCAAGUCGCUGCGCGGCCACCUCGUGCCGCAGGUGGGCCGCGCCGCCUCGUUCGUGGAGCGCGAGCUGCCGCAGCUGGAGCACCCGCUGGACGAGCUGCUGGAGACGACCUACGACGAUCUGAUGGAGGCCGAGCUGGAGCGCAGCUGCGCGGACGUGGCGCUCACCUUCCACCGGCCCGAGGGGCUGCUCUCCUGGAAGGAGGACCGACUCAGCACCGACUGGAAGUUGUAGCCGAGCGGGGGUGAGGGCAGAGUUCAGUGAUCCACGUGGGCUGGUUUGUUAAAUAUAAUGUGGCCAAGUC